ACCCCAGCGUUAACUCACCAAUCUUCUCUUUUUAACGAUCUAGACGCAGACUUCCCUGACGAUGAUGAAGACUAUGAUUCUCGGCUUCGCUCUGCUGUUUGUGGUUAUUUACACUUCUCCUAUUCAAGAACACGACCUCAAAUGCUGUCCCCAGGACCCAGCCUCGCUAAAAUGCGGCGGUGAUGGCUGCAACGAUUUCUGCUGUGGAUGUGAGGGGUCGUGCAAUACUGAAGUAGGAAACCUUGGUUGUGAUUGGAUCGAAUGCGCACUUGCAGUGGCUAAAUGUAUUGACUCUUGUUGUGAAGGUUCCUGCAUUACGGACGCAUCGUGUAUCGGAUGUCUCGGUAACAGCUACGAGACAUGUAAAGAUUGCUGGUCCGGUUCGGAGAUUGACAGGUUUAAGAACCUGAUCCUUAAAGGAGCUACUAAGAUGGCGUAGUUGGUUGUCAGGACAAAGUAGUGUAACUAUGGUAACUAGUAGUGUGAAGGAGCUACUAGUUGUCAGGACACUAAAAUGUGUGUUGAACAGUACAGUUUCCUGACUGGUCGAGUGUAUGUUUUUAUGAUGAAAUGUGAUUCUCGGGACUUUAGCUAUUUUUACCACAGUGUGAUUUUGUAUUGUGAUUUUGUAAUUAAUCAUGAA